AAGCCUGCGAGCGAACCGGCCGGUUUCUCCAGCAGGCAACGGCCUUUACGACCGGUCGUGCGAGGGGAUCCACAGCAUUGUUCCUCCUCACCGACGCCGACGCCACUCCCGCCGGCCGGUAGGGUCUGUCUUUUGUUGUUCUUCCAUGAGGCUGGUGAACGGCGGGUUCAGUCCAACACUGGAUAUAUGUCUUCGAGGAACGGCCGUGUGAUCGUGCGAUCAUCUUCAAAGAGCAAGGAUUAAUGUGCGUGUGUGUUUGCUUUCCGUGUGGAUGUGUUAAGUGCGGCCACGUGUUCACGCCAGGAAUGUGUUAUUGUGUUCCUUGGAUCCUGACUCGAUGAGAGGACUGCGGAAUGUGAGCCACCUGCCGUGCCCUGGAUGUACGGCUCGAUUGAGGAUUACGGCCUUCUUAUAGCGUGAUAUGUGAUCGUCUAUUAGAGGUUUUGCGUCAUCGUCGCUUUUUUUUGGGGGGGACUAUAAUUUUUGGAGGAAUGUAAGACUGAUGCCGGUGACAUCUCCCGUUGGGGCUGAGAUGGCAACGGCUGCGACGUUUCGGAUAUCUGUCGCGAGGAUAAAGAAGAGGACACCAGCAUGAAUGUGCUCAACAGGAUACUUGGAGGGAAACCCAAAAACAGCGGCAGUAACGACAGUCCUAAGGAGACCCUCUGGCAGAAGGCGUCCUCGCUCCGUCAGUCUCUGAGAGGGCGUCCGCGUUCCAGGAGGCCGGCGUCCCUCUAUCUGGGUGACGGGGGUUCUCCGCCGGGCAAGAGUCGUCUGCGAAGAGAAUGGGGCUCACACCGCGACCUCUCCAGGGAGAAAAGGCACGCUGCGAAGUCGUGGCACAGCAACACCGCUGAUGACGACGGCGGGUUCCAGAGCAGACUGCAAGCUCCCGGAGAGGACAGUCCCGCGCCGAAGGCGUGGCCCUCGACAUCCACCCUUCAGGACGACCAGCCGCGGACGUCGACGGGAAGAUCCCUACGAAAGCUAACGAAGGACUCCGGCUACGAGACUAGCGUUCAGGGCGAACCAGACUAUGUUAACCGGGACUGCUGGACUGAGGGCGAGCGGGACUCGACUUCUGCGGCUGCUGUCCCCGAGCUACAGCCCUCUCAUCAACGGGAAAGCAGGCAGUUGCAGAGGAGCUUCAGCUGCUACACACAGGCCGAGAGCUCUUCUGCAGUGACGGGGCACAAGACAGCUUCUACCGGUGCUUCUGGAGACACAGCAGACAUCAGCCGUGCGAAAUCUACCACCACGCUACACGAACGUGCCGGCCAACAAGAGAGCGGGCUGCCAUACAUAGCUAGGUCUUCGCAGCAGCAGCAGGAUCAAGACAUGGGAGCCCGUCGAUUCCGCAAGGCUUCUGUGUACCAAGUCCUCGCGAGCAGAAGCGGCCUAGACUUCGCCCCUGUCGUACACCAGACGCGACCCUGGGUCGACCCAACUUCACCACGAGACACGACAACAACUACGCCAACGAGCCGACCUGAAGCCCUCUGGUCCACUCCGCAAAACUCGGAGAAGCGAGCGGGGUCUCCUACCCCUCCUUCAAGUCCCCCUACGCCUCCUACACGGUCUACGUCCUCUCACGAAAAGUAUCCUUCAUGGCCGGUGACGUCUUUGAGCGAGGACUCUCAGACGUCCUCAACGUCGACGUCUACCCAGAGGUCGCACUCGUGGACACAAGAGACCGACUAUCCAAAAGAGAAGCCGGCGGGUUACGUUAGGCCCAAGAAGUCGUUCAAGAUUAACCCGCAUCAAUUACAACCCGUACUGGAGAGGUCGAAUGAGAAACGGUCGAGUCCGGUCCUGGAGUACACGCCGACGCGAGUCGAAGACGUCUUUCCUAAGGACGUUUCAAGUUCCCUCACGUCUUGUAGAGCUGCCAGUAGAGACCCUCAAGUACACUCCCCACCCGAACGCGAGUGUAGUGCCGAGUCCUACCUGAGCAAAUAUGACGACGUCCUCCGCCACUACCAGCGCUGGAACGAUGCUCCGCUUCUUCAAAGGCUAUACCAAGAAGGCGAACGCCAGGGCUGGUCGUACACGUCAUCUGGAACGACGGCACCUGCUGGAAGCCAAGACCCCCUAAAGUGGCACGGCUCAUACAGCGAUCUCAGCGCCCUCUCGGUUCAGAUAUCGAAUCGGUCAUCACUGUUCGAUAGCGGUCACUCGACGCUACCGGACUCGGGUCGCCUAUCCCCGCAAUCGUCGUGCGACGGUAGUGUGAUGACCCUGUCUCAGAACGAGGCAGGCCACCGUGUCGUCUCGCGACUCGCUAGUCAAGCUGUUGUGGCGCACAGCGCACGGGUGAUGCCGCCCAAGAGGCACGAGUCGGAGAGUGUGCUGUAUUACUCGACGGGGGAAGGCAGCGGUCCGACGGCGCCUGGAGAGACUGGAGCUCCGGGAAAUAGGGUGUCCAGGUUGCGAGCGGCAUUCGACCCUCUCUCUGGGAGCAGGGUUAGUAUGUCCAGUAGUGCAACAUCGGACGAGACGGCGGGGGAACGACUUCUCUUUCUUGAUCCUUACAAGAAGCACCGGGUGUCGGACCCCGAACUGAAGGCCAUCCAAAAACAAGCCGUGCUUUCCUUUUACAAGCGCCAGACCAGUCAUAACGGCAAAGACUCAACGCUACUAGCAUCUGCCGCCGCCAGGAAUCGUACUUUGCCGCGACACGGACUUCCAAACAAAUUCUCUGUGCCAGUCAGUGAACCACCUUGUCCUUCGAAAUCCGCAGGAAGCCCACGAGUCUCUUCAACGAGUUUGGGAAGUCCUCCAGGAAAGAUUGCAUCUUGGACGUCGGCAAGGAGCUGGUCUGUACCGGACCUGGCUCAGCCUCUGUCGUUAGCUUGUGUUGCGCCAACUGACAGCUCCAGCAGGUCGGAUGCCUCAAAGUCUCCUGCAACACCACCACGGGAGUUCUCGUCUUCCUCGGUCGCUGGAGACACCUGGAUUAAAGCUUCUGGCCCUUCCAGCUUACCCGUCGUCCUUCGAACGGAGGAGGAGCGAGCUUUAAGUGGCUGGCAGGAGGAACCAGUGCGCAACAACGAUGCCAACUCUUCACAGACAUCCUGUGCUUCGAGUAAGGAGGGCCAACGAGGCCGGCGAGCCCAGCUUCGCGAAGUCCCCGGAGGCUCACCGACUGUUAAGCUGGUCACUUCCGACGGAGUUACGACGGUCGCCUCGCCUGUCGCCAAGGAAGAGGACGUCACUGAGCCCCCCGCUGUCCCUCCGAGGAGAGGGGGGUCCGCAGACCCACCUCCGCCACCGAGACCCCCGCCCAAGGGGUCGACGCCCCCGGCGAACGAUCUUGAGGACCCUGAGCUCAAGAGGAUCGCCGAAACGACGGCUCUGAACAACGGCCGCUUACCGCCAGUCACCACACGGUCCCCCGAAGGAGGCGGGGGUUCUACGUGUUCGAGUCCCGAUCUCCCUCUACCCCCACCCCCGCCCCCUGCCCAGCCGAGCGACGACCCCCUACCGCCACCUCCGGAAGAUCUGACUACUGCUCACCGCUCUACGACGGUCUACCCAAAGGACUCUUACAUGUCUUAUCGAACCGAACGUCAGCGCAGCCGCGUCGAAGGCAGCUACCGGCGUAGCUACCAGAGUUCCACUCCAGUCACCGACGAUCCAGUCAACAACAACAACGUCGAGUCAUCGCCGCCGCCGCCGCCGCCACUGACGUCGUCUCCGAACCAGCAGCCGACGUGGCCCGAAGGCUGUGUGACCCCUGAAGAUGACUUGCACAAUAACAACCACGUUGGUGGAGGACUGUCUAACUCGUGGAGUCAAACCUGUGUCAGUGAGAACCAUAAAGGGUCUACGAAGAGUCCAGAAGAACUGGAGUGUGAGAGGUUGUCCAUUGAUCUGCUAGCGUGCUUUGGGGAUGCCGCGCUUCGUUCCCUACUAGUGCCGUCCCCCGACCACAAGACCGUGUCGGACUAUAUGAAAGGUCUGGUGGACCGGAGCACUUGGCAGCGGAACCGAUGCCCCGUCUCUCCGAGCAUAUCUCCCUCUUCUCCAAGGGACGAGAACCAACAGGAGACCAUCCCUCCCAUCAGUGCCUACUUCAACACCUCCGAAGAGAAGGCCAAGCUUCUUACCAGGUUCAGCCAAGAGAUCGGCGACCAAGAGUGGGCUAGCGACUGCGAAAUUACAAAAAAGAAGGAGGAGCUAGCAUGCAGCAUUUCCCGGAAGCUUGAUGCACUUCGAGCAGAACAAGUGGAACUGCGAGAAGAGAUGUCUCAGAAUGAGGCCCUGGGUCAGGUGGUCACACGGCGAGUCGAAGCCCUCGCCCGACCCAACGAGUUAGACAAGUACAAAUUACACGUCGAGGAAAUGGAGAAGAUAGUUCAUCUUUUGCUCUCUUUGUCCGGUCGACUGGCACGUGUUCACAAUGCGCUCGGAACACAAGGCAAUUCUGCCAGUGAAGACGAACGUCGAGCCCUCGAGGCGAAACGGGAAAAGCUGAGCAGCCAGCACGAAGAAGCUCGGCGCCUCAAGGAGAGCAUCGACAGGCGGAGCCAACAGGUGUCUCAACUGCUGAGGAGAUACCUGACACCGGAAGAAUAUGCAGACUACGACCACUUUGUCCGCGUGAAGUCCAAGCUACUCGUCGACGCGCGGGAGCUCGACGAGAAGAUACGGCUAGGCGAAGAACAACUUGCAGCGCUGAAGGCAAACGGUUUGGGGAUGCGGUCGCCUUCCUAGUGAUCGUCGUGUGUUUGGAAUGACUGAGACACAGUGAAAUGUCGGCGGAACUGACAGGAUUUGGUGUGUGGGCACGUUCGAUGGUGAAUGCACACCGUGAAUGGAGAGAUGAUGGGUGAUUUGGAACAUGGGUGUGGAGCAAGUUCAAGUACUGUGUGGAUUGCAGACGCGACAUAUUUUGUAACGUUGAGCUUCGUCCUGCUUACAAGGCACCGAGACGUACACAAUCUGGGCCGUGUCGAAAGGUUUUAAAAGCUAUGGAAAACGUCUUCUACGUACAGCGUUUUUACGCGGUAGCAUCCACCGACGACAUGCUACAGGCAAGAUUCAGACAAAGGACUGAACUGUAACUCAAAGUUGUUUUCUAGCUUCAGUCCCGGCAAAAUGAUCACCUCGUUGAAACUGAUGCUGUAGCUGGAAUCUGGCUACUCCCCGUAUGUUACUUCAGCGUUUUUACUAAACAGUUCCUCAAAAACAAAACCACUAGACAUGAAGGACAAACAAACAAAAAGCAGUGAUUUGAAAACAAAAAAAACAAGUCAUGCAAAAAAAAAAAAAACAUGAGAGGACACUGUUCCAGUGCAUAACUUAGCAGGUUUAGUUGCAUUAAAACCCCAUUACUUGUGCGUUAGGCUGAAAUACUACUCGAUUUGCUAACCAGCUAUGCGAACAACACUGGCCUCCAUCAUCGUACCCAGAGUUCCUACGAAGCUCAACCUACGUCAUCACCCGAUUCAAAGUAAUGUGACGACAUCAAUGCUGGGAGCUCGGAACUUUUCGAGUCAAUGCCGGAACUUAGUAAGAAUGCUCUCGCUCCCUUGGCAAAAAAAAAAAGAAAAAAAGAAGCAAGUGCUGCCACCUGGCCAAGGUCAAAUCUAGUGCCAUAUCAGCUGCCCUACAGAGCGCGCCAUGAUGCCGUCAGUGGGCAUGCACACUCUCGCCCUCUUGUACAUUAAAGUCGAGCAAUAAUGGACAAGACUCGCAUCUUCAGCACAGACGGCCUCCACGAUGCCGCGCCCUGUACAUACUCAUCCGCGUGCAACGUGGGGUCGCGGAAGACAACGGGGUCUUAUAUUCAACUCGUUGCCUACUCGGUUGAGAGCGACCGAUUAAUUGAUUACAAUUUCUGUGUUGCCAAUAGCUCUUUUUUAAUGCUAGGUGAAUAGAACUAGGCUAUAAAGCAUUGCUAACGUGUUCCUGCAAAGUUUUUUUUUUUUCCCGGUCGCUGCUGGUUGCGACCUCGUGUGGCUAGAUUAUUUUUCUCUUUCGUUUUUAUUUCCUUAAAGAAAGUAUUUAUUCUCCAGUGCUCCGAUGUGAAAGUGUGAUACCGGAUCCUGUCUUUGUUAAGACUAGGCUGUAUUCCGGGUUUUUGGCAAGUGUGCCAGUGUGAGGCACGUCCUCAGAUGUCCCGCUGUUAUAUCGUGUGGUUGCAAUACUGUUUCGUUCGCUUUCUUGUUGGUAGGUAUGCUUAAAGUAUCUGCAGAGGGCUGCAAUGUCACAAAACAAGAAAUUUAUGGAAGAUGUCAGCAUCUUUAAGAAAAGGUAUCUUUACCGAUGAUAGAAAAAAAUAUUUUGUGAUUUUGGUUAGAGCAUAAAGUACUAAGCAUGAUUUGCAAUGAAUGGUAUUGUAGCCAAGUGGCUUUGAUGGGGUGAUGGCUUUUCCACAAGGAUGAUACAAUGAUUCCAAAAGCUUCUGUGGCUCUAAGUCCUUGCGGUGCAUAAAUUUUAGGUACGUAAAUUAAGCGUGAAAACUUGAAUACAGCCUGCGCUUAACACAGUAACAAAUAUUUGUUUUUUUUUUGUGUGUGUGCUGCAUUCCUAUGCCAACUGACCUACUGUUUAUACAUAUCACCCAGCCUACAAAAAUAUUUGUUAUUCUGCCAGUUCCCGCCUCAAUUCCGAGGAUGUCCUCAGAAAGUACGUGUUCUUGUUAGCAUAAAACGCACAGCACAGGUCAUAUCUAAGGUUCUGUGUUUUCACAUAUUUUACUCUUUCUCAAAAACUUGAUUUUCCUGAAAAUUUUUUUUUUAGUAUUCAGUGUGGUUGCCAGAUCAAAAUCGGGAGAUACGGCUAAAUCUGAGCUAAACGCUCAGACGUGGCAAGUCUGAGGAUGUUUACGCGGAUUUCUUUCGGAUCGGAUUAUUGGUAAUAAUUGUAUAUAUCUCGUAACAUGGGAGCUUAUAAACACAUUACCUGUUAUUAACGUCAUUCCUGGAACAUCAAUUGAAAGUAAUAACACGUACAUUUUUUCAUUAGCCAGGGUUCUUUUCACGGGAACCCCAGCCAAAGUUAUACUCCACUGCGCCACACAUAAUCGUUAUUGGACCUUAAAAUCCUUCUCCCUACCACUACAUUCAACAGUAUUUUUGUAGAAGCUUUGGUGAAAUGCAUCCACAAAAACGAGGAAAGAGUAGGUGUUGUUGCCGAGGCAACGAGAGAGGGUGGAGUAUGUUGUUUUUGUUGAAAGGGAACGACGAGAUGUUAUACGUGUAAAUACAAUCGACGUCGAUGGAGAGACUAUGACCAGCGCGCGUGCGGUCCGUGAUUUUCUGUAGAAUAAAGGCCGUGACAGGCUGAAUGAA